AUGAGUUCGGCUGUAAAGAGGAGCGCCGUUCCUUCCUAAUUACAAAGUCCUUUCCGCUUCAUUGAAUGAACUAAAAACAGUUCUGAAAGAAAAAAAUUUUUGAAAGUUUUUUGAAAAAGGCAGCGAAGUUUUCUUUUCAAUUUUUACAUAGAUUUGAACACUCAUUAAUUUUUUUGGGGUCACUUCAACUUUGUAUUCACUUUAAAAAAAUUUUCAUAGAUUUCUUCUUUUUUUUUGCCUCGAUCGAUAAAGGAUUUCUUCCUACGUUUUGGAUUAUUUUUUGUAUCACUCAUCCCAGUUCAGUGGAGGAAUCGGAAUGUGCUGCAGCUCAUCCCGAUUUUAGUCGAAAUCGGCGUUUCAUGCAAGGAUUUCUUCCAAUUCCAUCUAAUUCUUCUCUGAUACGCCUCUCAAUCUUUCGGAGAUUUUAUGUGAAAAACAGUUUGAUGAAGACAAACGACCCACUUGAAUCGAGUCCAUUUCAUUUUCCCCCUCUUUAUUUUCACAGCGUUUUAAUUCACUAUUUUUUAUCAAUCGACCGUUUAAAAAUGUAUUAUGUUUUGUGGUCUUUUUUUAUCGAAUUUACCUCUUUGAUACUUAUUUUAAGUUUCGAAGUAAAAAUCUAUUCGUUUUUUGUUUCAGGCAGCCCCUAUGAAGUGAACAGAAGAAUGGAACCCGAGGAUGAGCAAGUCAAUUUGCAAAUUUUUGUUCCUGAACUGCAAAUUAGGGUGUGUUUUCUGUUUUUUGAUAUAAGCGUUACGUUAAUAUCGAAACAUAAAGCUUCGGAUUCAAUGAAAAGCUUUCAGAAGUUCCUCGGUGUUAUGCAGAAUGACUUUGUGUGGGAUGUGAAGCGGAAGUUGUUGGCGACUUUGCCACAGGUUUGGCUUCUUUUUCUCUGGUAUUUAAAGUUGUAUCAGACUGAUUAUCAGAGCUGUUCGACUCAAAAAGAAAGAGCUUUUUGGUUUGACCAAGAUCGUCGCUGAACUGUUUGAAUUGGACAAUCAUCAAAGGAGAAAGAAAAAUAGUUAGAGCUGAUACUGUUUUAUAGAGAUUCCUGCAAGAAUAGAUGGAAAUUUAAUAGAUUAUAAUCAACCUUUCUUUGAAUUUCAAUUUAUUCAGAAAUGUUUUUUACCUUGUUGUAAAAAGAUAUGGCCUUUAAAAAAAUCGUUUUUCAAGAAAAAUAAUGCAAUCUUUUUUUGACUUUUUCUCUGUGUGUAGUCUACUUUAAAUCGGACAGGAACUCCUAAAGUUGGAGAAAAAAAAUAAUUCCCAGGGAAACUAGAAAAAAGUUUUUGAGUUCUCAAUGAAGAAGCUUUUUUUCCAGAAAAUUUGCAUUAUAGAGAAAAUAUAGUCAUUUUUUGUUUUUUUCGAAUCAAAACUUUUUUUUCUCAUAAAAUUCUCUUCGUUUUUUAAUCGUUUAGGAAAACUUAAUCAUAGUUAAAGAUUUCAACAGAGAGCCUUUUUUCUAAACUUCAAGCUUUUUCAUUUCAGGCGCUGGCACAGGCCUUCAACUACGGGCUUUUCCUGCCGCCAUGUGAUGGCCGCGCCGGGAAAUUCUUGCUCGAGGAUCGAACCGUCAGAGAUUAUCCUUUCCACGACUGUGUUCCCUACCUCGAGGUGAAUAUUUGUCAUUUCAGAAAAGUAUUAUUCAUACUUUGUUGUUUUCGAGUGAUUCAUUCGAAUAAAAAGUUCUCGCUUAUUUAUAAUCUUAUACAAUUCUGUUUCUAAAAAAAUUUCUAAAAAAUUAGUGGAUGGCACUCUUUUUUCUCUUCAAACUUGAGUUGUAAGUUCAUGUUGAUAUCUUUUUUUGCUUGAUAAAAGAGAACUUUAAUGCAUUGACCUUAGAACUUAUCUAUUAAUUUUUCUGGGAUUCAAUUUAUUGCGAAGAUACAUCAUAUUUUCGUUCCAAGAAAUCUUCCUGUAGGCCUUAAAAUUCCCAUCGGCUAAAAAAGUCGGGAUUUUCCUGCAAGAGCUGGAUGAUUGAGGCUCUCGUUCGAAAGACCAAUCUUUUAACUGGCCGCUCAUUUUGGAGCGCUUUCCUGCGAUGAAUGACCGCGGCAAAAACAAACACCUUUUGUCUUUUUGGACGGCCGGCGGUGGCUGGGCGAAAGUCUUGUGUUUCAACGCAAUCCCCUCGUUAAAUGCGAAUAAUCCCUCCGCCGAGAGGCAAAAAAACGUCGGAAGAGACGGGUCUCCGGAAACAAAAUUAAAUGUCACCUUGAAGAUGAAAAAUCGCUAGGGUUAGAUCAGAAAUUUUGAAAAAGUAUUAUUUCAUCUGCCUUUAAAAACGUAAUUUUGAUUUUCAGCUCAAAUACAAGAAGCGAGUCUACAAAAUGCUGAACUUGGAUGAAAAGCAGCUCAAGAGCAUGCAUACGAAGGUCAGUUGUCAUCUCAAAAAAUAAGUUUUUUCGAUUCGAAUAAUUUAUUUUCCACUGACUAAAAAACUGCCGCUUCAAAAUAAGAAAUUCAUAUUUUUAUAGGCCAACUUGAAAAAGUUCAUGGACUACGUGCAGCAGAAAAACGGGGAAAAGGUCGAGAAAAUGUGCUCUCAAGGGAUCGAUGCGAAUUUCCACGACUCACAGGUAAACUAGAAUUCGUAUGAAGCUAGAAAUGAGCUCCAGGGAGAGACGCCGCUGACAUUGGCCGCGGGGAUUCCAUCGAAUCGCGGCGUUCUGGUGGCUCUGAUUGGCGGUGGAGCGCACAUCGACUUCAGAAACUCGGAAGGACAGACGGCCAUGCACAAGGCCUCGUUUCUGUCCUCCUUCGAGAACGUCAAGACUCUGAUCGAAUUGGGCGCCUCGCCAAACUACCGAGAUCCCAUCGGACUCACUCCUCUGUACUACAACAUGCUCACCUCCGAUUCCAAUGAUCAGGUCGGUGCUGGGCGAAAGUCAUCCAGAGAAGCACAAUCAUGAACAUUGGAAAUCAAUCUUUAUAUUCUGAUGUCAGAAUUAUCAACGCGAUUAUCCUUUCAAAAGUUUACACUGAGGAUGACUUAGAUUUUAUCAAAUAUCCUCACCAAAAAGUUAUAUUUCACGGAAAAUGGAACCAGCUGAAGUUAUCAUAUUUUAUCACUCUUGCUCCAGAUUGAAAGAUUUCUUAGAAUGAUGAAUAAGAAAACUACUUUCUUAUCUCGAUAAAUAAAAGAAAUCCGACUUGAUCACAUAAAAAAUUAAAGGAAGUCGUGAUUUUCCAGGUGACGGAGAUGUUGCUUCGAGAGGCUUCCGACAUCGGCGUGACGGACAUGCACGGAAACCAUGAAAUCCAUCAGGUCGCUCCUGUUUUCCGUUUGAAGAAGCAAGUUUGCCAGUUUCAGGCCUGCAAGAACGGUCUCGUCAAGCACGUCGAACACCUUCUGUACUACGGAGCGGCGAUCGACGCCGAAAAUGUCAACGGCAACAGUCCGCUGCACGUCUGCGCCGUCAACAAUCGGUGAGCAGGGGCUCAGAAGAGAAAAGUCCGAAAAAUGAGGCUUGAACAUCUGAGAUCUCGUGAAAAAUCUUUGAAGUUUAGAAAUGCUCAGGAAAAUCUUCAAAAAUUAUUAUAGACUAGAUUUCAUUUAUCGUCGCUUAUGUUAUAAACCUUGAAAAAGCAUCUUCAAUAUUUCAACAUAAGGGCUAUGGAAAAAUUUUGAACUCCUUGAAACUCUUUUACUAGCUAUUAUUUCCUGAUCCGUGGGAUGAAAAGAGAUUUAGGCAUUUUUUACGAUAUUUACAAUUUUUACCGCGUCAAUUAAAAUCUACAUAGACGUCCACAACUAAUUUGAAAUUAAGAAAAUAGUUGGUCAUAUAUAGUCGGGAAAGUUUGUAGCAAGAUCUUUCGGUCUUCCGGUCUUUUUCUCUGUCGGUAGUUUCAAAAAUAACUUUUUGACACGCUUGGGUUUAAAUAUGGUGGGGCGGGAGUUUAGAAAUCAGUAAAUUUUUGUAUUAGUUGAGAUUCGCUGUAUUUUUGAGACAAAGAAAUUAGGAAAUUGAAAGAGAGAUUAUAAAAAUGGCUAAAUAAUUUUUGCUAAUUCGAUUUUUCAAUGCGAAGUAUUCAGAGCUGAAUGCGCGCGAGUUCUGCUUUUCCGAGGAGCCAACCACCUGGUGGUGAACAAGCAGGGUCAGACGGCGCUGCACGUCGCGCACAUCGUCAGCAACCCAGCCGUAGCUGACGUCAUCCAGUCGCACAACCCGACCGCAUCCGGUUUGUCCCUCAGAUGGGGUAGACGCAUUAGGCCAUGUUUCCAGUGCCUUACCGUGGAACGCCGCAAUAUUCCACGAGACGGCGACUUUCUUCGACAAUUUCGCGUCGUCGCUCCAUGUCACAGUCGUCCAUCUGCAGCCAGGACAUCUACCGCACGCCACAGAACAACCGAAGGCCGCCCUCGGUACAAAACAUGUUGAAACGUUAUUAGCGGCUAUCUUGUGAUGUUCCUUUCGUUGGAUUUUUUUUUUAGCUCAGCUCAGCUUUUUUUUUCUGUUGAAAAAACAAUCUGAGCAAACCGUGAUUCUGAAAUGAUAAAAUGGCAUGAAAAGUAUUGCACUUUAAGGCGAUGUCAGCCAAAAAAACUUGAUAGAAAUCAGUUUUUGAAAGGGAGGUUUUUUCUGUUCUAUCUGAAACUUCAUCCGCUAUCAAGGACCUUUUUUCUAAUGUCCAGAAAUUUUGAAUGAAUUACUUUCUCCGAGAAAUUUCUCGGUCUUUGAGUAAAUUUUUCCCUCGUAGCAACUCCAGCUUCAAGAAAUUUGAAUGAAAAUCGAGAAACUCCUUGAUGUAGAUGUAGAAGUAUUGCAUUUUCAACGAACCUUCCUCAGCAGUUUAUAAAUUUGCCGACAGCUGGGGAAUUUUCCAAGAAAACAGUUUCAAAAAAGUCUCUCCUGCUCAGCAUUUGACGUUCUUCGUUCAGAUCGCACCAUCGCCGACGCCGUCGCGAGCUUCGCGGUCGACCGUCACGCCUUCCGAAUACGGCACGAUACGACGGUUUGCCCCCGACCAUGUCAGAAUGCUUGCGGUGAAAAAAAAAAUGAGACUCUCCUCAAUAACUUCAUCCUUUUCAGGCUGGCCACGAGGCUAACAUGCCACGAAUCCUGGUCAUUCCGCGCGGCCCGAAAGGCUUCGGAUUCAUCCUUCGUGGCGCCAAACGUCUGUUUUUUCGUAGAUAAUCAAUAGUUUCAAAUAGAAAGUUUUCAGACAUGGCGAUGCCCAUUGACUUCGAGCCGACGCCCCUUGUACCGGCUCUGCAGUUCUUCGAAGGCGUCGACAUGUCAGGAAUGGCUGUCCGAGCCGGCCUUCGACCUGGUAUCAAAUAAAAAUUUGAUAGAAACACAGUUUUUCUCAAAUUACUGUUGAACUUUGAGUUUACCCUUUUGUGAGGUUUGCCGUCAAGAUUGUUGUGGUCUUUUUGCGUUUUUUUAUCGGUGAUUCUCAGGGUUUGACGGAAUUUAUGUCUUUGUGCGAGAAAAAAAAAACUCUGAUUAUUGCAAAGAUCAUCUUACUGAUAGUAAAUGCUGUGAGAUAAGUACGGUUCCUUGUUUGAAAAUUAAUUUCAAUCACUUUCCGAUUGGUCAAAGUUAUAGAGCUUGUUUCAGGAGAUUACCUGCUGGAGAUCGACGGAAUCGACGUGAGAUGUGCGAGUCACGACCAAGUGGUCGAGCUGAUCCAACAGGCCGGCGACACAAUCACCUUGAAGGUCGGACUUCCGAAAUUUAGAUAUCACAACGCUAAAAAUGAUAUUGAUGAUUUAUAAAAAGAAGACGGAUGUAUUCCUCAUCAAGAAAUGGUUUUUGUUCAGGUUAUAACAGUGGAAGGAGCGGAAAGUCUGAUGAACAUUCCAGGAGGAUCCGUCCAGAGGAGACCUCAUUCAGGUUCAAAAUAUUAUAAAUAUAUGUCACUAACUCUGCUUUCUUUGAUGCACUAGAAGCUUCAUUGUAUAACAAAAAAGUAACAGCUUAAACUCGUCAAAUUUAUAACUCGUUAAAAAAAAUGAGUAGCAUCAUGAGAUUGUCCUGAAAAAAAGGAAAAAAAUGAAAAUUUGAAUAAUGAAAUUUUCGUACGAUUUUGGAGUGCUUUUUCACUUUUCCGACUGUCCUUCAUUUUCUUUCAUUUUAAUUAUUCAUCGGCUCUCGGUGUAAACUAACCUACCCUACUUUUUUCCUAACAAAACCCAAAUAUAACACAACGUAAAAGUUUUGCUUGCAUGGCGGCAAUUUCAGUCGGAACGCGUUCUACAGUAAGCCGCGCCUCUGGAGUACCGUACUCCUCGACGAUGAAAACUUUCACGAUGACAGGAACCCGCAGUCUCUACAGAUUCCCCAACGGUAUUGCUGCACUCUGUUGUUUCGAAUACUCUCAGUUUUUCGGGGAUUUUGAUGAAUGAAAUGUGGUCGAAGUUUUUCCAAGCUUCGGUUCAACAUCGUCCGUCUUUUUUUUUUGUUUUUCGUUAGCUUUUUGUACACUUUGUUCGUUUUGUUUGGUGUGUCGAACCUUUUUUGAGCUAUUUGUAAUCCAGGUCCGCAGUUUCAUACCGUGAGUUAGUUUAAAUGUUCAAAGUGAACUGUAUCAGUCAUCCACCUAUUUUUUAAGGCUUGAAAUUGCUGUAAACUAAUUCACGGCAUUAAGUUAUUGGAUCAAGUAUAUAAAUGAGUAGACCUUCGAAAAAAAAAUCUACUUGAAAAGCUUAUCAAUGCUCAAUAAUUAAUGCGCCAUAACAUCACUGCAACAAUUCUGCACAUUAAUUGAUGCUAAUGGCGCACACUUACUCAAUUAAUUUCCACAUCAAUUGAAAACUUUUUGAAUUUAUUCUCACAAACUUGUAAAAGAUAUGCUAGGGAAUUCUUGUUUUGAUUUAAAUAAGCUUGUUCAUGUCAAGUCGGCAAAAUCUUCACAGAAACACUGUCAGUACUGUAUACUGUUUUAUUAUUUUUUCUGAAAGUUUUUCUAUUCGAAUGUUCAGAGCAAAACGGGGAUUAUUAUGCGCCUGGAGAUUUGCGAAAUGCCUACGCGGAGACGCGACAUGCCUCAGUGAAGCAUCGGGCUGGAGGUGGACGGCGGAUUUCGGCAGCGGAACUCGAGAGUCUGAUGGUUCGGCAGAGGAGCGCCUCUACCACCAUCGAUGUCGGCUACCAGGCUCCCGUUCAGAUCGCCCAUCCUCAGGUGUCCUACGACCAGGUGUGCACAAAACUCUGCUUCCUCCUGAUCAUCAUGCUCUCUUAGGAAUCUCUGAGUAGUCACACUUCCAAGAAGUACAACUCCGUGUCGGACAUGAAGAGGAGGAAAGGCCAAAGAUGCGCUCCGUCUCCUGGGGGCCUUCCGAGAUCUCCCUACGACUACCAGGUUUGACCUGAAAAAAAACCAGAUACAGAGUGGGUCAAAAUUAGGGCAGCACUUUACAAAAAAACCAUUUAUUCCUGUUGAAAAUUUAAUUCGUCUCAAGAAAGGUAUUGUUGAUUUUUAGACUUGAAAGGUAUAUCUAUGAGGUUUUUUCAUGAUUCUCCGAGGCAAACUCAGCCGGUAGCUUCUUUUUUCAGAUUUCCAUGAAUUGGAAAACGAUCUUCUCAAAUUUUAAUGAAUCUAUUCAGAGCAAAUUCGUUCAUCACAAUUUACUCUCUAUAUUUUCUUUAUAUUCCUAGCGUAAGAUUUCCUUUCUUUCUAGUGAAAGAGGUAGCUGAUCAAGAAUUGUUCUGGUGAGGCUGAAUAAAAGGUCAAUUGAAACAUCGAAACUCCAGGCUCCUUGAACUAAUUCAAAAAAAAACAAAGAAAAAUUAGAGAAGCGCUAAAUGUUGAUGUCCCCCUAGUUUGACCCGCUUUGUGUCACUAACACAGGAGUCCUUCUAACCAUACUAAACAGUCGCUUUUCAGAUGAGCACGUUUCAGGUGCAGCAGACGCCGGCGUCGCAGCAUCUCGAGUACAACUGCGUCAGUCGCAGCUCGCCGAACCUCGCGCGAAUGGACUCGUUCGACUCUUUCGACGAAAACGAUGCGCCGACGCCGUUACCCGACGGCGACGACUUCUCACGCGACACCUCGAGAGACGCAAGUCGCGGAGAGUAUUCGCGACCAUUCCGGCCGGCGUCGCGUCCCAAGACUCCGCCUCCACCGCCGCCUCCACCACCGCAGCAGCAGACGGUGUACGCUUCGGCCGGAUCGAGGUUCGCCAGUUUGAAAGUUUUAAGAAAAAAGAAAGCUUGAGGUUGAUGGGAACGCAGUCCACUUCUUCGUCGCAGGCGACCAUUGUAGCGGUCAACCACUCGCCUCCGUCGACGUCGCAAGUUCCACCUCCACCUCCUCCUCCGCCCCCGCCGCCUCCUCUUCCUCCGUCUGGUUAGCCAUUUCGAACCUUGCUUUUAUAACACAAAAAAAGGAGUUAAGGUUCCUCAGCAGGAAUUCCGCCACCGCCGCCUCCACCUCCACCGGAUUUCUUGAAGGCGCCGAGCGCUCCAGCGAACCUCGGAAAGGGUAUAUCAGCAGACGCUCUGCGGUCGGUACAACUCAAAAAGGCAGAAGUCAACGAAGAGUCUGAAAGGAGGUGAGUACAAAGGAAAAAUCCGAUAAUUAAUCUCUUUGCGGGUGGAAGUCACUGAAUUAGCUCCAGAGAAGUUUGUAUAAACGAAUCGAAGUUCUGUGGAAAUUCAACUAAAAAAAGUUAUUUGGAAGCUCAAAAAGAAAGAAAAAUAGGUCAGAAUGAGUGAGAAUUAAGGAAGGAGUACAUAAUAGAUACAUAAAAACAAGGGUUUUUCGAACGCUCGAUCUGUUUCAUUUGAAUUAAGAAGAAUGCUUACCAAAAGAAGUUAGAAAAAGAAAGAAAACGCAGAGAUCCUAGGGAGACUCGAAAUCUUCCGUCGAACAGUAGCGCCGAUUUCCAAGCAGACUUGCGGAACGCCUUGGCGAAGCGGCGGAGCAAAGUUGCCCACGAUGACGAGGAGGACGAAGAGAAGAAAGAUCGGAGUGUCCAAAAGUGAUCCCUACGCGUUUCGAUCAACUGAACUUUAUCCAUUUUGCAGUCGGUUCGAGGGACUUUCGCUGCGAGAAUCCGUCAGAGAGAAUGUGGCCGGUAAGGACGCCAAAGGUCUUCAGUCCAAUGGGAUCGCCAACAAAAAAGACAGCGGGUUCGUCACGCCACGCCCACUUUUCCAUGUCUCCAUCCAGGUACACGUCAUCUCGAACGUCGCUGGAGCCGUCAGAAUCUGAAGAAAAGGACCGGCCGCAUUUUUCUUUGGAUCAUUCUCCUAACGUCCAGAGAGUCACUCUCAUUUCGCAGCACAUCGAAGAUUCCUACGGUCGAAAAACCGCUGAUAAUGUAGGUGGAUUUGCGAUUUCUGUGCACAGGCUUUCGCAUCAGGAUAAACAUUGUGGUUUCAGUUUUAGGAUUAGCUGCACAUUUUUGUCCAACCUUGGACCAUAGAAUUAUUGCAAGUUACAAGUUCAAAAUAUGGCAAAUCAUAUUUUAAAUUUUCUUCAUUGUUGUUUCUCUGUGAGCAAUAAGUGAAGUACGGAAAUUUAGUCAGAGCCAAUCAUUUAAACCGAAUUCUCGAGUCGGUUUUCAAACGGAAAACAUGGUUUUAAUUCUAAUUUUUGAGUCCUACUUUUCAGGGUUCAUUUUAGCAUUUAAUAUUUAAUUGAACUUAAUAUUUUCUUUUUUUGAGUUUCACGACUACGGGGCGAUUCCAUUCAGAUAGAAUUCAUAAAAAAACAAAAAAAUUAACUUUUUGAAAAAUAAUAACCAAAUUGCCAAAAAUCACACUCACCGGCAAAUUUUCAUCACUUGCACCGUAUGGCACAGAAAAUCACCAUCUAAUCGCAUUAUGAAAAAAAGUUUGAUUGGAGGUUGAAGUUAAUUUGAAAAGAUUUUUCCAUAGAAACGAUGAUUUUAUAUUUUUGGUUCAUUUCUGUUCUUCUUGUUUUUAAGGCAUGGUUCAGUUUUUUGUUGCUUGUUUUGAGAGUUAAACUUCGGGGGUUCAAAAAAUCUUAUUCAUAGUAAACUUUCCAACAACUUGAAGGAUUAGAAAUCUUUUUUGACAUUUUUUGGCAUUUUCUGAUAUUUGCCAUUCAAUAAUAUUCCUCCUUCCUCAAAGUUCUGAAUUUUUUCUUCUGUUCUUUUCUAUGCAUUUUUUUGGUUUCUCUCAUAAACUUGUACUUUUUUGGUAGGGAAUUUCCUUCGAGCUUCUCUCUAUCGUGUGACGUUUUUCCAGGUCUCAACGUCAUCUUCCUCUCUUUCGACGCUGUCCGGCGGUUCUGAAGGCCGCCAGCCGCUGACGACGUCUCCGCCGACGCACGUGCCGCCCGUCGACUACGACGACGACGAUCCGGAUUCAGGAACCGGCGACAGUGACGGCGAAGUGCGAAGUGAGAGCUUCCCGCGCGGUUUCUGUGUCUGCGUGACUGUUUGAGUGAUUCAAAAGGGCUGUUUGGGGACUUUGGUGUGACUUCUGUGACGACUUGAACUAAUGAAGUUUUGUCGUAGGCAUGAAAUACUUCAUGAAAAAUUAUAACAAGAUUAAUAAAAUUAAUUGAUUGUUUUAAAGAGCAAAUUUUUUCAACCACAUCGUUUUUGUCCACUAAGAGAGGGACUUAUUUCACUUUAUUUGUUCGAAAACCUCGCUGUUUGAGAAAAAAAAAUUUUUUACGUGUUUUUUCUAGCUUUUCCAAGUGUAAAAUGGUAAUUAAGCGGAUUUAGUUUUUUCCCAGAAUAUGCUACACAAUCUUCAGUGAUGGCUUGAGUCCUCACUCAAUGACUUUACAGAUUGCGAUCGUGCGUUUGAAAGGAAGAAGGUAGACGAGUGGACCGUGGGAGACGUCGCGUCGUGGCUGACGUCACUGGGAAUGGGCGAGUACUGUGGGUCGUUCCGUUCGCGGAGCGUCGACGGCGAAUCUUUGGCUCGCUGCGACCGGACGGCCUUCACGAGACUCGGCGUCACUCGCAUCGCCCAUCGCCAACUCAUUGAGUCCGCUCUGCGACAGCUUCUGCGACCACCCACCGACGAACGAUUUUAG